AUGGCCUCGAAGUCAAUGAAUGAGACUCUGGCAAACAUCACAGUAGCCGACGUGUCAUACGACUUAACCGAGUAUUUAAGAACGUUAUCAACGUCCCAAAUGAUGGAGGCGUAUGAUGAACUCGAGCUGAAAGAUGCGGGCCACGCGAUCGAUAAUUAUUGUAGGUUUUUGAAGCAUGUAGCAGGUGAAUACACCGAAUCAGAUUUUAUUAUGAAGGAGGGCUACGAAACCUUAGAUAAAGAAGAAUUGAAAGCCAUGAGGAUGAAUAAGCGCGACGCAUUCGUCGCACGAGUCGGCGAACAAGAAAGAACUAGGUUGGCUGAAGCGGCCAAGCAAGAGGCUGAAGCAAAGAAGAACUCGACGGCAACUCAAUCUCCUCCAGAAGGCGCAGAAGACAUGGCACUGGAGCCCUGGACAAAACCAGAUGGGCAGAUAAUUUAUUUACCUCGAGAGGCAACGACGUACCUAGACAGCAUGAUAUCGGCCACGGCCAAGGAACUGAAAGAGAUCCGCAAAACUGCAAUCGAAUGCAUGGAAGUGAAAGAAAUGUUGCAUAGGCAGAUGAAUGAAGUAGCCAGCAGCACGCGGAUAAACUCGAAUCCGGCACCGGGUAAGACGGGAAUACUGUCAUCAACUGGCAACUGCAACGCAAACAAUAGAAGAGUACAUUUGAACGACACAUACGAUAUCCAUGAGUAUUUUCAACCGUCGAUGGAGUCAACCGUCCAUAGUGCAGAUACCAGCAAAGUCGGCAUUCGGCAAGAUCAGGAAGACCUCCCGCAUAAUCCGAUGCACGUAGAGCGGCAAGACAGGCCAAUACAGAACGCUGCAGACGGCCGGAGGCCUAGUAAUACGUAUACAUCGGCGGACCUCGGAAAGACGGUAAGGUCGUGGAAUGUCAAGUUCAAUGGCUCGAGCGGCAUGGACGUCGAGGAAUUUCUACGUCGAAUAAAAGAGUGUAUGGAUUCAGCCAGGCUGUCGGAAGCGGAAGUGCUGGGAUCAAUGUCCGAGCUGCUCACAGGGACAGCGUUGCGAUGGUAUAGAAAUUAUAAAAACUCUUGGCAAGACUGGCCAGCGUUUUGCGCGAGCGCCCGAAGAUUCUUUGGUGUCACGCAAUAUUUUCAAGAACGCUUACAGACAGAAGUGUCCACUCGCACACAAGGAAGCGCAGAGCCGGUGGCUGAGUACAUUAUUUGUGCCCACGGCCUCAUGAACCAAAUUGAAGGCAAAUGGACGCCGGAACAACAAUUGGAGCAGCUAUACCAAAAUAUGCGGCCGGAGCUAAAGAAAUUAGUACCACGUGAGCGAGUGACAAGCGUUGACAGACUGGUCGAAUUGGCCAGAACCCAGGAGAGGAUUCUGAAAGACGAACAGUCGUACAAAGAACCGCCGCCACCAGAGGAAGUUUUCUGGAGUGAAUUUGCAUGCAAGGCACGUAAGAAAGAAGAUAGCGCGCCAAGCAAAAAGAUCGCUGUAGCGGCAAUGGCUCAGAAACAGCCAACGCCGGAAAUAAAUGACAGAAGCCUAGACAUCCUGGAGAAGAUCACACAGAGGCUUGAAGCCUUGGAGGCCAAGGGCUCGAAUACAUCGAAAGAAGAAAGUGCCAGAGACACGCAGAGAGAGCCGUCGACUGAAGCCAGAAAUCCGAACAGAGGAAAUAAAAGUUAUGCCAAGCUGAAAUCGUUCGCCAACAGAAUCAAGCCGAAAUCGGAGGAAAAUAAGGACAGAGAGCCAGGGCCGUCGGCAAAAGCAUAUUGUCACGGUUGUGCCUGGCCAGGCUACAUUUGGGCCACCUGCCCAGCGUGCUCGGGAAACGAGAAGGGGAGCCAAGAGGAUUCUUUAAGCGAGUGUUCGUCGUUUCAAGGCGAAAAUUUAGACCAUAGAGCACCACUGCCACCUCACCCACGCUGGUGGACGGUAGCAGAAGUUGGAGAAUUUAAGAUAAGAGCCCUCAUCGAUAGCGGAGCAUCGCGUACGUGUUUUGGGCCGGUCGGCCUACAAGUGGCGACACACAUGGGCAUCGAAGUUGUGCCAUGUUCUGGGACGUCAAUCACAGGAGCUGACGGCCAAUUAAUCAGAUUGACAGCACAAGCUAAGAUACGAAUCAAGGUAGCCAAUAAGACGAGAGAACUAGUAGUGUUCAUGGCCAACUCGUUGGACUACGACUGCGUGCUUGGUGCUGACUGGCACGUAUUGUUUUACGCGAUGGUUGACCCGCGAACGCAUGAAUUAUAUUUCAAUAAGGUAAAAGUCUGUAAUGUUGAGUUUGAUUGCAAUAAUUCGAGUACAGCGGGGCUGACGGCCAUUGGUUUAGAAGGCCCGACGCCCGACGAAGAAAAAGAAUUAGAAGAAAUUCUAGCUCGAUGCCUACCAGUCAACGACGAGAGCUCGCUGAUUGGAUGUACGGAUCUGAUAGAGCAUGAAAUUGAAGUAACGUGCCAACGGCCUAUAAAACAGAGAUGUUACCCAGUGUCGAAAAAGCUCGAAGAUAUCAUGUACGAGCAGCUGGACAACAUGAUAAGGCAAGGCAUUGUCAAGCCCUCGAAAAGCAGCUGGGCGAGCCCAGUUGUAAUGGUGAAGAAGGCAAAUGGCAAAUAUAGAUUUUGCGUUGAUUAUCGCAAACUUAACGCUGUGACGAAAGUAAGCGCGAGGCCAAUACCGAAUAUGGAUAGCAUCUUGCGAAAAUUACGUACAGCAAGGUACAUUACGACUUUGGAUUUGUCACAGGCGUAUCACCAAGUUCGAAUUAAAGAAGAACAUAGGCAUCUCACCGCGUUUGCAGUACCAGGCCGUGGCCUGUACGAGUGGGUGAGGAUGGCAUUCGGCCUUGCCGGGGCCCCAGCGACGUUCCAAUCGUUGAUGGACAGUAUAAUCGGCCCAGAUCUUGAGCCAUACGCAUUUGCGUAUCUGGACGAUAUCAUCAUCGCAACAGAUACGUUUGAACAGCACAAAGAGGUACUAGCAGACGUGCUCACAAGACUUACCCAGGCAGGACUCACUAUCAACAGAGAGAAAAGCCAUUUUUGCUGCCAAGAAGUCAAAUACCUCGGCGUGUUGGUCGAUCGAGAUGGGUAUCGGCCCGAUCCAGAGAAAAUUGAGCCGAUUAUUAAUUUUCCAACGCCUAAAACAUUGAAGCAACUCCGAACGUUCCUCGGAGCAGCUUCUUGGUACAGGAAAUUCAUUGACAACUUUGCUACGAUCGCGGAGCCGCUGACUGGGUUGACGCGGAAAGAGACAAAAUUUACUUGGGCCGAAGAGCAAAUUGAAGCAUUUGAAAAAUUGAAGACGAUGAUCGCUUCAGCUCCAAUGCUUGCACGGCCAGUGCCUGGAGAUGAUGUAUUUACGAUACACACGGACGCAAGCGACACAGGGAUCGGCGCCGUGUUGACGCAAGUACUCGAGGGCGAGGAGCGAGUGCUCGAAUUCGCCAGUCGCACGAUGUCACCUGCGGAAAGAAAUUAUUCGGUGACGGAGCGCGAAUGUUUAGCGGUAUUGUGGGCCGUAAGAAAAUUUAGGCCGUAUAUCGAAGGAUAUAGAUUCAAGGUAUUAACCGAUCAUCAGAGCUUGAAAUGGCUGCAGAAACUUCAGAAUCCAUCAGGCCGACUAGCCAGAUGGUCACUCGAAUUGCAAGAUCACGACAUACAGGUAGAAUAUAGGCCUGGAGCUUUGAAUCACGUGCCGGAUGCACUGUCAAGAAUGCAUGAAGAGCCAGCCGCGGAGAUUGCUGCGUUCGAGGUGAAAAGCGAAAGCGAAGAUAAGUGGUACAAUAAAAUGUACGAGGCCGUUGAAAAGGAGCCUGAAUCAUAUCCAAACUGGAAAAUCGUGGGCCGAAAGUUAUACAAGUAUAAUGCCGACAAAGCACUGGAACCUUUGAUCGACGAAGAAGAGACGUGGAAACUUGUCCUGCCACGAGAGAAAAGGGCUGAGGCCUUAUUUGAAGCACAUGAAGAACUUACGGCAGGGCAUCUUGGCCGACGAAAAACGUACUUGCGGGUGGCUGCCUUGUAUUAUUGGCCGAGUAUGCAAAAAGACGUCGAAAACUAUGUAAAGGAAUGUUUUAUCUGCCAGCAAUGUAAAGUUGAGCAGUUAGUUCCAGGAGGUCUUAUGGGCCAACGCCGAAUUACUCGACCGUGGGAGAUGGUCGCGGCCGAUAUUACAGGCCCGUUCCCACGCAGUCGAAAAGGAAAUAAAUAUUUGUUGAUUUUCAUGGACAUGUUCACGAGGUAUAUCGAAUGCAUCGCCAUCAAAAAGGCCAACGGACCGACAAUUACGCAGAAGCUUUACGGCCGAAUCUUUAUGAGGUUCGGGGCCCCAGAGAUACUACUCACAGAUAAUGGAACCGAGUUCAAGAACGAGGUCAUGACCCAAUUCUUAGAAAAGAACGGGGUCAAACAACUCUUUGUACCCGCAUAUCAUCCACAGAGCAAUAGCGUCGAAAGGGUCAAUCGAACAGUUAAAACGAUGAUAGUAUCGUAUCUUGAAGAUAAACAUUCGAACUGGGACGAAAAUGUUGCCGAAAUUACGUUUGCGUAUAAUACUGCGGUCCAAGAUUCGACGGGUGCAAGCCCAGCUUUCCUGAACUUUGGCCGACAGCCGAGAAUCGCAAACAGUCUACGUUUCCGUGAGGAACAAGAAGGAGCCGAAAAUAUCGAUGAAGAGGCACAAGACAAAUGGAAAGAUCAUCUGGCCAAAGUACAUGAGUUUUACAACACCAUAAAUGAAAGGAUCAAAAGAGCUCAAGAGAAGCAGGCAAAAUACUACAAUAAAAAGCAUAGAGAAGUUGAUUUGCAGGUCGGAGAAUUAGUAUUACGCCGAAACAGAAUUUUGUCGAGCGCCGCAAAUCAAAUAGCUGCGAAGCUUGCGCCGAAGUUUUAUGGCCCUUUAAUUAUCACGGCCAAAGUUGGCACGAACGUAUAUGAAUUGGCUGAUCGUCAAGGAGUACCAGUAGGCCCGACGCAUGUGAAAGAUUUGAAGCGAUUUCACGGAAGCAGCGAGGAGUUCGAGCAAGAUGAUGGUGAGAUCGCGUCCGAUGACGAGGACGAACAGGCCGAAAUUCAGGAGAGCCCAGAAGAAAUGCAUCAAGAUGCAAGACUUCAAGAACAAGCAGAAGAAGAAAAGCAGAUAGCGAGACCGCAAGAAAGCCAAAUUGAAAAAGGGCCUAGGUCGCGGAUAACACGUGCAUUGGUUGUGAGGCAAAAAGAGCCGAACAAGAUAACCGGCCGUAAACCAAUUACGAAAGCAGGCGAAGGCACGAAGAUGUCGAGCGAACAGAGCGAGACAGCCGAAGAUAGCGAUAGUGAGCCUGGCAAGCAUCAAGGCGACGAGAUGACGAAUCGGCGAAUCACACGUGCGGCCGCGAGAAAAAAGGCAACAGCCAAAGAAUGUGCAGUAGCCAGCGAAGGCGACACAGUGGCACAGCUGUGA